GAGGAGAGUCAGCCUUUAACGGCAUUCGUGUCGAAAAAGGGCACAUUCCAAUACACCGUGGUUCCAUUUGCUGUGAAGAACAGUCCAACCGUGUUCCAAAUAAUUAUGGACCAAAUCUUCGCCGGGAUCAUCGGCAACGGCGUCAGUGUGUAUAUUGACGGGAUCGUCAUAUACGCAAACGACUUAGAUGUGCUGUUCGGAAGACUGGAGCAAGUCCUCGACCGAUGCUGCGCAGAAGGACUGAAGAAAGGUGAAUAUUUGAAGGAUUGGGUGAAGAUGGCUACCUAG